UAAUCCCGCUGGGGGCCCUAGAGCUAUUUUUGUUCCUGGAUAUGCGUCAUCAGUGGGUAUUUUCUCUGGUGACUACUUUACAUCAGUAGGUCUCCUAGCAUACGCCGCGCUCUGUCAGUGCCUGCCUUAUGAUUGAUGGGAGGCACGGCUGCUGUUUAGCUUUAUUGGUGACCUCAGAGGAUGGACAACCGGAAUUUCCAAGUUGUGGAAUGCUGCAAAUGGCUGGAGGUGUGGGGCUGAGAUCGGGCCGAGCCAGUGAAGAAGUGGUUUGGUCCUGCAGCCUUGAUCUUACCUCUGCCAUUCUCCAUUGCCAGAGCUCAUCCAGAUGUAAAGCCAUCAAGAAAGGUGGAGUCAUUAUCAAAAAGCUUUUGACACUGGGAUCGUAGCCGACAUCCGCAAUGACAGUAACGCAACCAAAGGAAUGAAUUGCACACUCAACGAUUCAGCUGCUCACCAUGUUUCACUGAGAAAACGAUCUCUUGUCAACUAAGCAUGAGAAGAACAUAAAAACCUUAAGGUGCUACAGGGGGAAGAGUUAGCCGUGGCCCAGCGAAAGGGAGGUUUCAGAAUAGUGAACACGAAGAAAUGUCUUCUGGGCAAAGGCGUGGUGGACGCAGAGGGUGAGAGCGUCUGGAGUUUAAUACCCACCCGCGUGGGCGCCAACCGGCAUGCUUUGCUAAUCUAACAAUCCCUUGCCUGCUCAAAUCCAGAAGAAGUAAAAACAGCAACAGAGAAAAUGGAACCGAUUAAACCUGCUGCGGGACAAAAAAGUACAAAGCAGCCACGAGAGAAGAGUAUGCUGCAGAGGAAAUGGGGCUCUGAGCCUUCAGCAGGUACAAAGAGAAGCACUUUUGCCGAUCAGGAACUGAAAAGGCACUCGCAUCGCGACACCAUUGUUCAAAGCAGCAGUGGCAGCUCCACUGGAUCUUAUAGUCCUGGCAAACUGCAGAUGUCGACUGCAGUAGGCCAGCCGCCUCAGGAAAACCAGUACCCACAGCAUUUCCCAAGUCCUUAUUCAUACCAGAUGGCUCAUCCCUUUUCACAACAAUCCAUACCACAGAGAUUUCUGCACAACACCAAGCCCCAGAGAGGCCCUGACGUCAGUGCCUGGCCGUUUGCGAGUAAGCUUCAGUCAACUGCCUCAGAAGACUUGUUGUCCGUGCACUCCCGGGGUCAUGGAGGGGUCUUCUCCCGGAGGAAAUCUCCAAGUUUAGCUGCUGCUUAUAGCCAGUAUUCACAAGCAGGGAUGGAACCAGCGGAAGAGGUGCACAAGAAAGAGCAGAAGCCGAAAAAGCCCGGUAAAUACAUCUGCCACUAUUGUGGGAGGGCAUGCGCUAAACCCAGCGUCUUGAAGAAACACAUCCGGUCCCACACCGGGGAACGUCCAUACCCGUGUAUUCCAUGUGGCUUUUCUUUUAAAACAAAAAGCAACUUAUAUAAACACCGGAAAUCCCAUGCCCAUGCUAUUAAAGCAGGUCUGGUUCCUUUCUCGGACCUCGCGACUAGUCGUUCGGACAUGGACCAGCCGUCUUCUGUCGGAGAAGCAGAGGUGCAUUCGGACGGCGAGCAGAGUACGGACACCGAUGAAGAGAUAGCUUUAGGUUCUGAAGGUUCUGUGUAUUUGGACAAAAGCAGCCUCGUACCGCAGAUUUCUUUAUUAUCUGAUAAAAACCCCCUGGAGAAAGGAAGUGAUCUGACUGGUAUGGAUCCACCAGGGGACCUGGCCAUAACCCCCAUGAAAGUGCCUAUCCUAAUCGUCCCAAAAAGCGGAAUUCAGCCAGUGAACGAGUGUCCCCCCUUUACAGAAACCGAAACGUCCAAGAGCGCUGCUCUUGUCUACCGUGUGGACGACUCUCACACCAUCAAACAAAGACUGGCAUUAAGACUGAAUGAGAAGAAGGGCAGUGAUUCGGAGCCCACGCUAAAUCUCCUAAGUCCGCACAGCAAAGGUAGCACAGACUCUGGUUACUUUUCCCGUUCCGAAAGCGCGGAUCAACAGAUCAGUCCCCCAAACACAAAUGCAAAAUCCUACGAGGAGAUCAUUUUUGGGAAGUACUACAGGCUGAAUCCUCGGAGCGGGGUAACUGGGAUGGUGAGCCAGGAUUCCAGUGUGGUGGACAUUAAGGAAAAACCGGGAGUUUUGCCCAUGAUUGCCUCCAAAUUUGGCAUAACAAAGAUAAUUGAUGAGCACAUAUCACAGCUCAUGACAGGUCCAGAAGCAUUGGGGGACCACCGGAAGCUGAACACCACUAAGAUGACAAUAUUUUCUGAUAGUUCUGAUAAUUCCCACUUGCUAACAAGCCAUGACUCCAAACAGUAUCCAGCAGGUUCUUGCCAAACUAAUACAGGUCUGUUGGAAGCCUUGCCAGAUUCUGGGCCGCUUAUAAGGAGCAACUCCAUGCCUACGCAGUCGGCACCCAGCCUUAGCGUUCCACAAGGCCUGAGAGGAAGCCACUCGUUUGAUGAACGGAUGACGUCUGAUGACGUCUUUUACCCUGGCACUGCUGGUGUGUCUCAUCGGACCAUGCUAAGGCGACAAGCUGCUUUUGAGCUGUCAUCGGCGCAUGAGGGCCACGUGGACUCUGACAGCUACAGCUGCCACUCGAAAAGCAUUGCAAGGGGCAAGCUGUGUGAACUCGGUCAAAUGAUGCCGGAAGGCAAAAUGUUAAAUGUGGACAGGAGCCUGUACGAAUGUGAGAUGUGCGAAACAAGUUGUCGAAGAUGGGAAGAUUUCGAAAAUCAUAAAAGGUUUUCCUGUCCGGAGUUGCGUGGAUCGUUUUGUGCUUUCAACCUGAACCCUGGUGUCGAGUCUUACUCAGAUUAUGUCCUCCAGACACAGCUCCUUCAGCAAAGGCAAGCCACGGAGACUGCAACCCGCAAACGGAGGAAGGAAAAAAGCGUUGGGGACGAUGAGGAUCCUCCGAGCCAAUAUGGUACAGAAGUUCGGGCUCCUGCAGAAAUGCUGGUAUUGGGGGAUUACGACCCCAAAUUAAAAGGUGAAAACUUUGAAGCUGCUACGUCUAAUAUGACUGCUGAUGACGUUCUGCUGGUGACCGACUUGGAGAAAAUGACCGAAAACAGGAGGGCAGCCGGUAAUGUUAUUUCGGUCAUUCAGCACACCAAUUCGUUAAGCAGACCCAACUCUUUUGAAAAGUCGGAAUCAAUUGAGCUUCUUUCCUACCAAGACAAGCUGGUUAGUCAACACUCCGAACAGUCGGAUUCAGAAACUGCAGAGGAUGUGCAAACUGAAACCACUCCUUGGGCUGAAAGUAUGGAGCGCCAGAAGACUGAAGGCAGGCAAAGCGCUCUGCCCCCAAAUCACCAGCAAUAUCAUAUGCCGCCCAGGCUGGUGCGCCAACCCAAUAUUCAAGUGCCUGAAAUCCGGGUGACAGAGGAGCCUGACAAGCCAGAGAAAGAAUUGGACGUCCCGGCGAAGGAACUGGAGAAACCUGUCGAGGAGUUUCAGUGGCCACAAAGAAGUGAGACUCUUUCCCAGCUGCCUGCCGAAAAGCUGCCCCCCAAAAAGAAACGCCUGCGUCUGGCUGAAAUGGAGCAUUCCUCAGGAGAAUCCAGUUUCGAGUCUACCUGCACCAGCCUCUCCAGGAGUCCUAGCCAAGAAAGUAAUCUGUCCCACAGCUCCAGCUUCUCCAUGUCCUUUGACAGGGAAGAAAACAUGAAGUCGGUUUCCCCAACCAAGCAAGAUGAGCUUGGCAAGCCAUCAGAGUUCCUCACGGUGCCGGGCAGUGCGCAUGUCCUGUCUAUUCCUAGUCAGCACCAGCAGAGGGAGAUGCGGCGUUCCUCUUCGGAGCAAGCACCUUGUCCUCUGCCGAUCGAAAUCCCAGAAAUCCGCAGCAAGUCAUUUGACUAUGGCAGCCUCUCGCCCGCCUCCACCCAAGCUGAUCCUUACGUUAACUCGGUUAAGGAGAGGAAGAGAUGUUUCCUUGUCCGGCAAGCCUCUUUAAGUGUUUACCCUGAAACGGCGGCGCAAGAGCAAAGCCCAGAGCAAGCUGCCAAGCAGGAUCACGUCGAGCAGUUACAGGCUGGCCACUAUCCUCCAUACAAUGUUUGGCAUGGCUCCUCUUCAUCGGCUCUUCAGAGCAUUCCGUUUGGAGAUUCGAGUAAAUGCAAGCGAAGUCUGCAGUACCAUGGGGUAGCCGAGGAACCUCAACAGGAAGGCCACUCCUCGGUUCCAAAGGUGUCUUAUAACCCUGGGCAGAUCAUGCCAGACAACGACGGGCAACCGCACGAGCAUUCAGGCAGGGAAGUUAUGCAGUAUUCAUCCUUUCAUGCCAGUGGAAGUCAAUCGCCUUUCCCUGUCCUCCCUAUUCAGCAAGCCUUAUUCUGGCAGUCCCACCACGGGUCUUCUCCAAGGCAUCUACAGCAGCAUCUUGCCUUCCAAGCUCAACAUCUACAGAAAUUGCAUAUCAGACCACCUAACCUGUCGUUGGUCCACCAGAAAGGCCAUUCAUCUCACCAGCUGCAGCAAAUCCACGAGCAACCAGAUGCAAAAGCCCUGGAGAGCCUUUGUGACCACAGUUUCCAGUAUGUAUCUAGAGCCUCCUCCCAGAACACCGGGCACGUCUCGUCACAGACGUACACAACGAGCUCAGUCUUGCUGCAGCAGGUUCAGCCGGUCUUUGCCACUCAGAACAUUGGCAGCUCUCAGCCCUCGCUCCCUGGUAUGUUAGUUCCCGUCCGGAUUCAGACUCACGUGCCAUCUUACAGUAGUGUCAUGUACACCAGUGUUUCUCAGAUCAUUGUAUCCCAUUCGCAGAGCACAAGCUCAGCUACGGUGCUAUGCAAAGUGAGUGAUAAUAUUUCCCAAGGCACCUUUUCUACUUCGAGUGCAAUGCAAGGGAUAGGUUUUAACUUAUCUCACAUACUGGGCCAUCAUGGAGGACUGCUACGAUAUCCACUCUGGAAAGUUCCUCAGCCGCUAACGAGCCGACUGGAAGCGGGAAUUCCUUUGUGUCUGACAUCCGGAAGCAUCACGGUUACGGAUGCCUCAUCUAGUAUCGGUGGAAGCAAACGUAUGCUGUCGCCCGCGAGCAGCCUGGAGCUUUUCAUGGAAACUAAGCAGCAAAAACGUGUCAAGGAGGAGAAGAUGUACGGGCAGAUUGUUGAGGAACUCAGCGCCGUGGAGCUCAGCAAUUCGGGCGUAACAAAAGACCAGUGCAAAUAUCAGAAGUCCGAAGCUGGACGGCGUGAGGGCUCGGGUGCACUCAAGGAAGGAAUGGUCACUUCUUCCUCGUUAGAUUUUGCUGAAAACAAAGCACUUUCCCCAAAACCAGUGUCCCAUUCUGACGACAGUAGUGAUAACGUGUCUCUGCUGCAAAAAACGCUAGUCAGAAGUAGCAGCGGGAGAGAUUCACCGGAAGAGCUGGAAGUUGACGAAGCCACGCCAGAGACCGGCGCAAGUCCCCGGUCUUUCCUCUCAGCAAGUAGCACUCAGGAAGACCUCCAAAUGCAACAAACUAGCAAGGUCCCAGUUAACAUGCUGGUCCAUCUGGCGGCCAAUCAGGGGGGAGCGGCAGUUGGAGGUACAAUUUUGCUCACCGACGUUGCUGAUGUCCAACAGCUCUUUCAGUUUCCUAGUCUUCGAACAACCACAAGUGUCAGCUGGUGCUUCCUCAAUUAUACAAAGCCAAACCACUCCCAGACCACUCCAGUUUCUUCUGUGUAUGCCUCGUGGUGCAUCAGUUCCUACAAUCCCAAUCCUCCCAGUCUUAGUACAAAGGCUUCUUUGGCUCUUUUGCGGUCAAGACAGAGGAAGAAUACGGAGACCUACACUAUGGCUGCUUUUUACAGACCUGGGAGUGGCAAACUGGUGUCUUCGCUGUCUUGGAAGCAGAAGUUUGACCAGGUGAAACCAGAGCUGACACAACUGGAAGUGACGAAGUUUGAAAAGAAAGCGAAGCCUAUUGCAGCGAGGGAGCGAGAAAAAGGGGAACAUCUCGGGGAGAAAGACAUAUCAGGAAAGCCAGCAGAGCCCACCCGAAUUAAAAUCUUUGAAGGGGGCUAUAAAUCCAACGAGGACUAUGUUUACGUGAGAGGACGCGGCAGAGGGAAAUAUAUUUGCGAAGAAUGUGGAAUCCGCUGCAAAAAACCGAGCAUGCUGAAAAAACAUAUCCGCACACAUACAGAUGUCCGUCCUUAUGUGUGCAAAUUCUGUAAUUUUGCCUUCAAAACAAAAGGAAACCUAACUAAACAUAUGAAGUCAAAAGCCCAUAUGAAAAAAUGCCUCGAGUUAGGAGUGUCCGUGACAUCCGUAGACGAUGUGGACGCCGAUGAAGCCGAUGAUACCCAAAGAGAAUCUGAAAAGGUGGAAGUAUCUGAAGUUAUUACAGAUCACCAGUUCUCUGAUGCCGAAGACUCGGAUGGAGCUGAAGAAGAGGGGGAUGAAAAUGACGACGAUGAAGAGGAUGAUGAGGACUAUGAGGGUGAUUCAACACCAAAGACUCGAUCCAGAAGCACAAGCCCUCAGCCAUGCAGAUUUCCCUCUUUGCCAGUAACUGCUGCAUCCCCCACGCAGAACACGUCCGAAAUUCUGGGCUCCUCUAGUAAGCCUUCCGUCAUCAGCUAUUUAGUAACCCUACCAAGUAUUCAGAUAACACAGCUCAUGGCACCCAGCGAUACCCGAGAGGAUUCCCAAAUGACAGAAUACCAGAGACUUUUCCAGAGGACAUUCAGUGAGCCAUAUAAGCACAGGUUAGAUGUGCCAACCUCGAUGGACGAGGACUACCUGUUCUCUCCGGAAAACAGUUCCUCCUCUCGAGAUCUGUCACCCUCGAGGCUUUCCUCUCCAGGCUGUGAUUCCUCACCGUAUAGGGAACCAUCACCCACUCUGAGAAGGUACUUGUCACCCAGGCGAGAUGUUUCCCCCCGAGGCCACUUGUCGCCACGUCGAGAGGCUUCUCCUUUGAGGCACCUUUCACCAAAGAGGGAUAUUUCAUUCAAGAGGGAGGUUUCACCCAGAAGAGACUUUUCUCCAAGAAGGCAUUUAUCACCAGUGUCCUUAGCAAAGGUGGUGUCUUCAGGCAAAGACAUUUCCAGCAGGCGAGAGAUGUCACCCCGGAGCAGACACAGAGGCAUGAUACGAGCAGCAUCACCCCGGAGGGGCUUUCAUCACCAGAGCAGCUCUUGGCCUGCUGGGCCUAAUCUAUCAUCUGAAUUGGUGCCACUGGGGCAGAGGCUCAGGACGCAGUUUGAGCUGGACUUGGAGCAAAGGAAGGAUUCUGUCCCACCGUUGUGUUAUUCUGGAGAGUAUCCUAAUGGCCAUGAACCUGCUCAUUCAUCCCUGCCCACGGGAAACCACCAAGGCUAUCUCUUCAGUCAUCUCCCCUUACAUUCACAGCAGCAAAUCCGGGCCCCGUUCCCCAUGAUUCCUAUCGGUGGCAUUCAGAUGGUUCACUCAGUUCCUGCUUCUGUGACCGGCUUAGCUCAUUCCUCCAGGCUGCCUUUGCAAAAGAGUACAUCCGAGGAGUCCAGCACCAGUGAAGUGUCGUAUCCCAUGAUGGACUGCAGCAUGAAGGCCUCGGAUUACCCCGCGAGUCAUCAGGUAAAAGCAGCUUCCUCUCAGAUAACAGUGUCAAGGAUUUCCCCAAGUUCUUUGAGCUCGUCCCAGAAAGAAAAGAGCCCGAAGACAAAAGAGGAAAUGGCUGAAAUCAUGGAGAAGGAAAAACAAGAAGAAAUCCUACAGACUUGUACAAAGGCGAUCGCGUCGCUUCGAAUCGCUGCGGAAGAUGGAGCCCUGUCGGGAAGGGACGAGCCCGCAAAGGCUUCCGACCUUCCUCAGAAGCCCUUGGAAAGUGCACCGCUUGGCAUUCAGCACUUUAGUGGACCCGAGGCCAGUCACGAGGCGGCCUGCGCUUCAGCCACCCAAUCGGACGCGCACGUCGACAAAGACAACCUCAGUGUGGCAAAAACGGCAUUAGGUCAUUCCACAUUUUACAGCCGAAGUGCGGAGGACAGACUUUCAGGGCAGCUCGGCUCGAGGGAAUUGCCAACAAGCACAAGAGAUCCAGCAAGAGAGGUUUUGGAAAAAGGCGAACUACAUUGAUACAAAAUGGAAGUGUCAAAAAUUUAACAAAAGAGGUCUUUAAAACAAACCAUUUUUUUGUUAUAGUUUCCUUAGAGUUUUAAAAAGUAUAGCAUGCCUUUGAUAACCUGGUUUGCUAUUUUACAUUUUUCUUUCUUAUUACAAAAAAAUAAAUAAAUAAAAACAAAACACAGAAAAAAGUUGACUUAUACAUGAGCCUGACCAAAAUUGCUUAUGGACUUAUUUUAUUGUCCAGUCUGGUACUUUUAAAUGUACAGAUGUUUUGUGCCUUUUCUUUACUUUUGCUUAUAUUCUUAUAAGCAUAUUAAGCAGGAAAUUUGUAAAUAUUUAGAGUUUGUGUAUCUGCUUUGUAAUAAAUGUAAUUUCCCUUCUUUUUUGGACACUUGGGUCUGAAUGAUGUGAAGUUCAAAUAGUAUCAAUAUAUGUGAGGUUGCACUAAAACAUAUUUUUCUAUGAGUGAAAUUAAAUUGCUUUUGUGUACAGCGACAAUUCUAUAAUACUAAUAUUUAUUGUACUGUUUCAUAAAUUGUACAUUUUUCUUAAUGUUGUGGAUGCCUUUUUUAUGUGAAGCAUGGAUUUUUUGCUAUUGCCUAGAACAAAGACUGUAUACUGUAAACUUGCUAUUUCAAAAAAAAAAAAAAAAAAAAAAAAAAGAAAA